AUGUCCGAACCUCCGCCCCCCAUCGUCCACCCCGACUCCCCCCUUGCCCCCCUCACAGGGCCUCACCGGCGCCCUGGUCUAGUAGUAGAACUCAUAGCCGGCUCGGUGGGGGGCGCUGCUCAGGUUCUCGUGGGUCAACCCCUGGAUACGAUCAAGACUCGGGCGCAGAUCGCUCCGAAGGGCAUGUUUAAAGGCCCUGUGGAUAUCUUAAUGCAAACGAUGAGAAAAGAAGGUUUUCUAGCGUUAUAUAAAGGAAUGGCCUCCCCCUUGAUCGGCAUCGCUGGUGUCAACUCCCUCCUCUUUGCUGCUUACUCGGUCUCGAAACGCGUCGUGUCGCCUUAUCCUGAUCUCUCUAUCCCUCAGAUCGCGCUUGCGGGUUCGAUGGCCGGGACGAUCAACUCUGUGCUCGCUUCCCCUGUGGAAAUGUUCAAAGUGCGCAUGCAGGCGCAGUAUGGACAGCCAGGGGAUAAGAGGCUCAGGCAUGUCGUCUCAGAUAUGUGGACACACUGGGGAUUCCGGAAAGGGAUCAUGCGCGGUUUCUGGGUGACGGUCGCAAGGGAGAUACCGGCUUAUGCGGGGUUUUACGCUGGGUAUGAGUAUGUCAAGAGAGGGUUUGUCAAGCAGUAUGGCCCGGAUCUGCCUUUCUGGGCUUUGCUCACCAGCGGCUCGUGCGGAGGGAUCUGUUACUGGAUCUCUUGUUACCCUCUCGACGUGAUCAAGUCCCGUGUCCAGCAGGCAGACCAUCCUCCAAAAGGACUCGACUACAUAACCCAAGAGAUGCGCAUAGUGAUGAAAGAGUCUGGAUGGCGAGGGCUUUUCCGAGGGUUGUCCCCGAGUUUGGUCAGAAGUAUCCCUGCUGCAGGAGCGACGUUCGCCAUGUUUGAGCUGACGAGGGAUUGGCUGUUGAAGUAUACAGAUUGGUGAUAUACAGUUGACGAUCUAGAUUAGGCGUAGAAUGGAUGCCGGCAGAGCUGU